AUGCUGAAUGACAUCCAGGACCUCUAUGGCAGACGUAUCCAAGUCUACAACACUGCUGACAGUGAAAGGCCCACAGCCUCAGUGGGCCUUGCCUUUGUACUAAACUGUGAAAUCACUAACACCAGCAAUGUCACAGUCAAAGAGCUCAUACUGGGCGGAGCACUCCUCCUCACCACGACGUGGCACAACAUAGAUACCAUAUCCAUCCUGAACAUCUAUGCCCCAAAUGACUAUGGCGAACAGAGAGAUUUCUGGGAACGACUACAGGCCAUAUGGGAUGAGCAGUGCCUACCAAAGCCAGACUUCAUGUUAGGAGACUUCAACCUGGUUGAAGAUCCCAUAGACCGCUCACCGCCACAUGCCGACCCACUGCCACCCACCGAUGCCCUGUGCGACAUGCACCUGACGCAACAUCUAGUAGAUGCAUGGCGAACUGACAACCUCACUGAACGCAGCUAUACCUUCUACAGCAGCUUGAAUCGGUUCUCUCGCAUUGACAGGAUAUACUCACAAGCCCACCACGUCCCAAACUUAUUGGAAUGGUAUAUGGGGCCCACCGUCGUCCCUACCGACCAUAACAUGGUCUCGGUACGGUAUGCCCCACUAAAUGCACCGUACAUUGGGCCAGGACAAUGGGCAUGGCCCGCUGGCAUGAUCCAUGAUAAAGACCUACUCCAAGGCAUCAUGGAAAUUGGAUGCAAAAUAGAAAGACGUGCAGACUCACUGGGCAGCAACCCAGAGGACAAGACAGUGAUACAACUGCUGUGGGAGGAAUUGAAGAUGUGCAGCUGUCAACUCGCAAAGCAACAUGCAAAACAUACCCUGGCCAAAAUCUCUAACUGUAUCCACGCCCUCCAGCACGAUCUGAACCAGGCUGCCAACUCCCCACUAAUGGACAUCUCGGAGGAUGCACGCACCAACACUGCCAUACUAGAA